AGCGCCACCCAAAUUAUUUGAAAUACCAUCGCAUCAACGCAAACCACGGACUAUAUCCGUGCGUAAACCAAGGUGAAUAUCGGUAAAAUUCUACGAAGCUAGCCAAGACACUUAAUAUUAUCAUUAAUAGCUGGAAGCUGCAUGAGGCUGUCAUUAUGCAGGCAUUUGGGUGUCGAUCGCGAGCAUUUAUGAUGUUCGUUGAAAGGCCGCCAGCAACAUGCACUACCAAGGGCAGGAACCCACUGAUUUUACUUAAAUCAAAUUAAGUGCCAGACGUGCAGUUCAUCGAUAACAUCAAGCGCUUCCGAGAUCCAGAUUUUUGGAUGAUUUUUGUCAACUAAAAAUCAGCAGAUGAGCUGAUGAUGACAUCACAAAUACACUGCUUAUUCCAGUUCAACAGUUUGUGGAUUGAGCAAUCGGUGAAGUUGAGGAAAUAAGCCAAUGUGUUAUCUGUGCUCAUCAAAUCUAAUUGGGAACUACAUGUACUAUCGAUCAUGAGCUUGUCGAUGACGAGACAUUCGCUGGACGUCAUGGGUGCUGCGUGGUGUAUCUCGAAUGUUAUUUUUUACUGGACGUCCUUGUGCGUAAUUCUUUGCACAUGUCGUGUUAGUGCUGUGCAGCACUGUUUGAAGAACUCUACAGAUGGGAACAGAAAUUGCACAUUAAACGGUACCUGCACAGGCUUCCCGAAACUACCCACAUUCCCAGAUGUGAGGCUGUGGCCUAUAAACACCACACGAUUAAUUGAGCUGGUCGAACCCUGCUUACCGGAUAUUAUCACGACCACGGAGCAGCCUUCGACGGCAGAAUCCACUACCGGUACGUCAUCAGUCACAGGUACUGACAUUACUACCGAUUCUAAUACAGUCAAAGUUACUGAGCAGCCUGCAGCCUCUGUAGAGACAACGGUGAGCUCAUCACCCCUCACAGAUACUGGCAAAACUGCCAGUUCUGUCACAGAUACUGGCAAAACUGCCAGUUCUGUCACAGGUACUGAUACUGGCAAAACUGCCAGUUCUGUCCCAGAUACAGAUACUGGCAAAACUGCCAGUUCUGUCACAGAUACUGAUACUGGCACAGAUGAUACUGACACAUUGCCGUCAACAACUCCCACUUCUAAACCCAAUCCUAAAACCACUCCUAAACCUACUCCUAAACCUGGACCAAAUGCUUUGCUCAUUGUGGGUAUUGUGGUCGGUUGUAUACUUGCAAUCCUGGCAAUAUUAGCUGGUGGAUAUUACUUUGUCAGAAAGAAGAACGAAACCUGCAAAGUCCACAGUGAAUCCGAUCUAGACGACAAGCAGGCCGACGGCAACUCUUUGAAGCCCGCCGCUCAGGGUCCGGAUUCUACAGACAAAGGUAUUGACGCUAGCCCUGCACCUCCUAGUGGUGGAGGGGUGAUCAUCACACCACAUGAACCUGACCCAAAAGGUCCCGAUGCUAAAGACAAAAAGAUUGACUCUAGUCCUAAACCUGCUACUGGUGGAUGGGUGAUCAGCACACCACAUGUACCGGACCCGUUAGAGAGUGACGAGUCCAGAAACAGAACAUUCUCCACUGGUUCCCGGGUGGGAGACACAUCAAUAUUGAUGCCGGCAGACUCCGCGGGUACCAGUCAAGCCGAACCCAAGAAGAAAAAGGAGAAGAAAAAGAAGAAGAAAGAGAAGAAAGAGAAGAAAGAGAAGAGAGUGAAGACAGGAACGAAGGACAUUGAGCUGCCUCCUGUACAACCCAAGGAGCAAGCCAAUGACCAGGUGAAAACGGCCGACGAAGUCGUAUAGUCGAGCUGGAUUUUUUUUUCUAGAUAUAAAAAAACAUACAUGCCUUGUUUGAGUAAUUUAUCGGAACUUGUCUAAAUUUAUAAUGUGCUGUUAAUGCUAUUUGCAAGUUUCUCCCUUAAAAAAAUUGUAAUUUGUUUUUAGCAAAUCUGUUUUUAAAAGCGUAAAAGAAUACGAAAGUUUUUUUCCCCCAGAGGAUUGGGGCCGGGGAUACCCAGCAUUAAAAUAAAACACAAAAGUUGAAAAUUAGGUUGUUGAUAGCAUGGAUCAAUUUCAGUAGUUCUUUUUUUUUUCAGAUGAGUGGAAGAACAUGCUCUUUUAAGACAUACUUCAUUGGUGUAUCAAAUUUGAUCGCUUUUUAAGAAAACAAAAUCAUUAAUCCAGGUCACUUUUUUUUUAACUCACCCUGUAGAUUACAAUCGCAAUCCAGGAUGCCAUAUAAUUUGGCCGCAAUUUUCAAAAAUAUGCCCGCGAUUUCAAACUGUGUCUCUGCUGUUUGUAUAUUAUCUCCUAUUCUAUAUACACAGCUGCGGUAUGACUUAGUUUUUCCACAUCAGUGUGAAAAAUAAAAUCGAACUGCAGUAUUUUUUUUUUCUUGGUCGUAUCCCUGACAAAUGUGCAUUAGUCGGAAAGGAUUUCAACACUGGUGAACAUUUUUCGAAGAAUUUUCUGUGAACAGAAUUUUCUGAAGAACAGUCUGUGAUUGGUUCGAGGAAUUCGCAAAAAUUUGUUGUCAUCAUAAUCUGACCGCAAUGUUUUUAUCCCUCGUUUGCCUUCUGUGUUAUAUCCUCCGUUUUUGAAAAAAAAUAAAAAAUUCCCAGAAACAGGCAUGCAACUGGGAAUUUUGAAGAAACGAAGAAACUCCACACCACACAAGACUUUGUACAGUGUUUUUCAAUUUGUAAUGGCAUUCAUGAGGAGUAACAAAACAAGGAAAUCGGCGGAUCCGAGGAAAAGUUGCACGCCUGCAGAAAAGAUCAACCGCCACAGGUUAAAUAUACAUAAAACGGUUCCGAGGGCUUAUUUCAUAGCAAAGUUACAAUUUCUUGAUAAGGACCAACAUGUUAAUCAAAUUAGCUUUUGCCUUUCAUCGACGUAUAAACACUGCAUACUCAGUGUGUUACCUCCCCAAGUUGGAAAAAAAUCACUCGGGUGGGACUCGAACCCACAACCUCCUGCUUUCUAGUGCAGAUGUCUUACCGCUAAAAUAAGAAAUAAAAAAAGUUCCAUCUUAUGGAUGGUUUAUGCGAUACCCGCUGCUAUAUGUAAAUCAGAUUCGAACCAGCCAACCGAUCCCGUUCGCUUGGUGGUCGAGUGGUAAGACAUCUGCACUAGAAAGCAGGAGGU